UGUCAUGGCCGCGGCCGGGGUUUCGCGCAUGCGGACUGGGACGGGCCGCGAGCCCGGCGUGUUCCGGGUGUGCUCUGCGCGGCAGCAUGCAGGCCGCCCUGGAGGUGACGGCGCGGCACUGCCGCAGCGAGCUGGAGCAGUACGGGCGCUGCGUGGCCGCCAGCCCCGCCACCUGGCAGCAGGACUGUCACCAGCUCAAACUCCGCAUGGCCCGCUGCGCCUCCUCGCACCCGAUUGUGCAGAAGAUCCGCCACGAUUGCGCUGAGCCCUUUGCUGCAUUUGAACAGUGCUUGAAACAGAACCAGGCCUCCGUGGUGAACUGCACCGAACACGUCAACGAGUUCCUGCUCUGCGCUGAGCAGGUGAAGCUAAUGACUAAAGGGGACACGGAGAACCUUCACCAGGAAUGAGACAGGCUUUCCCAGCUGUGGAGCCUCAUUCUUAUGGUUCCUGGCAGAAAACACAGAAUGAUACAAGUCCCUGCGCUCUGGCUUUCAUCAGUUUCCGGUCACAUGCACCUGAACAGUUGGAUUCGCAGCAGGACAUCAGAAUCUGUCGGCAUUUGUCAGUAUGCUGUUAGUGCCGCCUCUUGUCUCUGCUGGUCGCGCAGCCCUGGACAGCACCAUUAAUUAAUAAGCUACAGAAACUGUAUUAAAAUGACAAUAAAGGCUCAACUCUGCACUGAAAUUGAGACCGAAGGCUGAAAUUGGUCCUUAACUUGUCCUGUUUACUGUAACAUGUAUUCUUUCCUACUCCCUGCAAUAUUUAGGCACAGUAUUUCUGCGCCCUAAUAAAAUAAUUCUUAAAGA